UGGAUUGACCCAGUUGUUGGAUAUAACUUCAUAACUUAUGGUUCAUUCGAUACGGAACGUUGCAGUGAAGGCUUACUUUACAUCGUUCAGAAACCGAAGGACUUCAAUACAAAGAGAUAUAAGAUAGGAAGAACAUAUAAUAUAACUCAAAGAUAUGACUCUACAGUCAAUAGAGUCAAGGUUGUGUUCGUUAAUGAUAUGAGAGCUGCUGAAACAGAACUACUUGAAAAGUUUGAGAAAAUGUAUGGUGCUCCCACGAAAGGUAAAGAAACGUUUGAAGUAGAUGAGAUAGAUAAAGCUAUAAAAUUAUUUGACGAAGUUGCUGAAAAAUACAUGUAA